CGAAGAUGACAACGGGUCGUCGUCACGCGGCUACGUCUUGUUGCAGGAGCCCGGCGUCGUGCAGAAGAUCCACUGCGCGUCGUCGGCGACCGGCCUGCCUAGUGACUAUCGAAAGGAAAAAUCCCCCCUCCCCAUAUCAAAACGGGAUACUUCUGAAAAUUUGUGAUGCCGAUUUGAGACCUCAAAUCGUCUCUGUAUUGCAAGAAGGCAAACCCAAAAACCCCGCCGCGUUCUGCAGGCAAUUGGUAAUGCUGUAUGUCCUAAGGAGGACGCGCCUGCCUUGCUAGGGGCCUACACCAAAUGGCCUCUACUCGGGCUUUGCAUCUACCUGCAGUCUUCUACUGCAAGACAAAGGCGAUUUGGGUACACAAAUCCCGCAUCACAGAUUUCCAUUUCGAUAUGGGGAGGGGGGAUUUUUCCUUUCGAUAGCGACCCGCGGCUGUUUGGUACAACAACAGCUGAUAUGACGAGCAAGAAAUAUCAAAUGUAAAAAUGUCUGGGUCUGGGAACUUGUGAUGCUGGGUAGCGUCUCAUGAUGAGGCUACAAAUGCUGGGUCAGCAUGACAAGUUUCUGAGCUCCUAGCUGUUGCCUAUUCUGCAUGACAAACUGCGCUUCUGCAUCACAGAAAAACGGAGCUCUUGGGUAACGUGCAUGACAGAUUUAAGAGUCAUGCCAGACAAGCAUGACAAACAUAUAUUCUUCCAGACCCAGACAUUUUUGCACUUGAUAAGAAAAAUCCUACGGCUACUUCUUGCGUCGAUUAUUUCACCGAAGAAAGUAGAUUCUCUUUCCCUGGUAGUAGUUCUUCUCUGUCACUACAAGAGCCGGAAGACCGAGCAGCCAACCACCUGCGGAAACGCACCACGCCGCUGCCCCCGGAAAAGCGGCACAAUGUGCUGUCGUGUUAUCCCCUGCAAGAUGAAAAGCAUCGCAGUCGUACUGGUAGUGUGGUAGCUAGUAGUCGCGGCCACGCAUGACAGAUUUAUCGUUUUGCUAUUGCCUGAUACUGAUCUUCUACCUAGCACGUUGACAAACUGCGUUUUUGUUCGUGAAGUAAAAAUUUGUAUUGCAAUUCGACUCCGAACCGCCGGAGUAAUAUUAAUGCUAUGCUGGCUGUUUUGUAGUACUCAUUCGACGACAAUUUUGAUUUUGCAAUGCAUACAUUUCCUCCGAAGUCAAUUUUGAAGAAACCAACAGCGCCAACGAUCCCGCAGUGGACGACGAGUACCGCCAGCGCAGAGGCAUAUCACAUGCAAAUAUGUCUGGGUCUGGAACAAGAAUGCAAGUUUGUCAUGCUUGGUCGACAAUAGAGAAAAGUCUGUCAUGCUCCGUGCGCUACAGUGCCACUUGUUUGCCAUGCAAAAAGGCAAUUUUGCCAUGCGGUUGACGCUAGAUAGAGUCGCUCAGAAACUUGUCAUGCGCUGCUUCGCAAUACAGUGUGCGUAUGAUUCGGACACUCGCAUGACAACCCAGAUAUAUUUGCAAUGCAUAAGGCAACAGGAGUAACUGCAAAGCAAACCCCCCUCGGCAUGAAAAACUACGUGCCGGAAGAACUACGAGGAACGCGCUCGGUACUACUAGAUCAGGAAGUGCAUAGCGCUGACAGGAGCUGCUCCUGCAGCGCCAUGACCCGAAGAAACGGGCCUCAAGACGUCGGAGAUGGAGGAGACGCUUUUUUGAAUAACGCUUGCACAGCACGACGACGAACAAGUGAGACAGGACAACUUCUCACGUCGGCAGAUGUUGCACGUGCACAUACAACAAACUAUAAUGGACGCUGCGCGGCCGCGGGAGUAUCAUCAACAAGCGAUCGAACGCCAGCAUUCGUGAAGGUGGACGUGCAAGAAAAGGUGGAUGAGGCCCCGGCCUUUCAACCACCACGAUCAUCUUCGUCACGCCCGGAAGAAGUUGCAGAGCGUGGUCCACUGUCCUUUAUUCCGAGAGUCGAUUUCUCAUCCAUUUUGACCCGUCUCCCGGAAUCUGUUAUCAUGAAAAGUGCUAAAAGCGGAGGAAGCAGGAGUAGUCUUCCCGGCUGUCUGAAAGAGGAGGAAGCCGGUGGCAGUGCUGCAACGCGAGAAGCAAAGAGCUUCGAGCAAACGCGUUCAGCUUGUGCUGGCGCCAUAGAGGAGCAGGACACGACCACGAGGACAAUAUUAACCGGAGCUGGGUUGUCCUCGCUACGCCUUCACGACCCGCCGUCUGAAUAUCAACUGCAAAAAUGUCUGGGUCUGGAAACUUGUAAUGCUGCGUUGGGAAUAGUGAUGAAUGCUCUGUAAUGCACAAGCGAGCAUGAGAAAUAUCUGCGCUUCUCUGCGUUGCGUUUUUCGCAUGACAAACUGCGUUUUUGCAUGACAGGCAGAAGGGUCUCUUCUUGGACACGCAUCACAAACUUUUUGGUCAUGCCGGACAGGCAUGACAAGUCUCCAAGUCUUCCAGACCCAGACACUUUUGCAUUUCAUACUGAAGACAAAUCUACAACUCCGAGCCCCGUCGAAGACGAGGAUAUGGAGAUGGAGUUCUCAAACGUAUACAUUCUCAACUGUUACAGGAAUUUGUCAUGCAAAACUACCGUAAGCCGCAAGAAGAGCAAGCUGCUUCGCAUGACAAAUCUUCGGAGGCCUAAACAGCAUCUAAAUCUGUGCCAAGUCUGUGAUGCGAAAGCAGCAAGCUUGCCCCUUUGACGGUUGCGGUUCUUGCAUUACAAAUUCAUGUAACAGCUGAGAAUGUAACGUUUGAGAAUCCCAUAGAGGAGCAAAAGCGGCUGGACGAACUGUACGCCGUGGCGUAUGCGGAGAUGUUCGGAAACACCAACUUAUGAGAGUGCACAAGAACCCCCCCUCCCCCUCAUUUGUCAUGCCAAAUUCCCAAGGCUAUUGCUGCGCUGUGGGACUGUUUGCAUGACAAAUUCCGGAAGCCCAAAGAACAGUCCUACACUGGGCACAUGACUUUGUCAUGCACAGGCUCCAUGUGCGGUGGUGUUUGUAUUGCUGUCCAUGCAAAAAUACAAAUGAGGGGGAGGGGAAGUUGUGCACCCCCAUACGGCUUUUGGCAAGAGCAGAAACCCGCGGAAAGAACGGGGAAGGAAGCGGAACGCGAACACAACGACGAAAUCAUAAGAACAUCGGGUGGUUAUCAAAUGUAAAAAUGUCUGGGUCUGGAAGGUUGCAAGACUUGUCAUGCAGGUUUUCCAUGACGCGCGAGGUCUGUCAUACACGACCCAGCAUGACAGAUUCUACUGUGCGACCUCUAUCAUGCCUAUCCAGCAUGAGAAACUGCCUCUCGGUGAAGUGGAACGCACUGCAUUUUUCAAGUUCGUGAGGUUCUAAACUUCUUUCACGAGGAUGCGCCCGCUAAAAAGGGUGCAUGCAAGUAUCGGAAAAGCUCGUCGUGCAAACAAGUCAGGAGCGGGCGACUGGUUGUGUGGAACCCACCCGGCACUGUUUUGACAAAGGGACGCAUAUCGGGAUGGGGUCGAACGCUACCAAAAAGCAUCGCGACAAGCAGGCAUGACGAAAAAUUUGACGGUAGAUGCCGUCUAGCGAUGGCAACGGAGUUGUUGUUUCAGAAGCAUAGCAAAAUCUACGGGAGUCGCGGACAAUAUUACGCCAAGCACGGUACCAAAUGUUUGUUAACUUGAUGCUGCGGUUGUAAGUGUAGCUCAAUUUUUCUUGGAGAUGCAAAGCAUUUUCGUCCUCGACGAAGCGGAUGUUUGAUGAUUUUGAAAAACGCUAACUUGGGUUCGUACUCCACCUUUCAUCAGGUUAUUGUCUGAACCACGAGCUCAUAUUCGACGCGCCGCCAGGCGAUAUCGAGUCGCAUUAUAACUUUGAAGAUCCGAUUGACAGAAAUUGGCAUCCGCUAUUUCGUCGAAUCUACCACAAGGUAAUCACAAUACCUCCUCGGCUGCUUAGUCAGAUGUAACCUAUGAAUGGUGCGGUUGGUGCGUCUGCGUGAUCUUCAUCUUGUGCAACACAAAUAUAACGAGCCGCACGGGGAGAGCGUACUACACCUGGUCUGUAUAAUCGAUUUGUCAUGCAUAAUGACACGAAGAAGAGCGCCGUGCAUGUCCUCUCGCACCAUUUUAGUCUCAAGCAAUCGAUAGCAUUCCGUGCUGAUUAGAGCGAUGGCGCGCAGUUUGACCUUGAGAAAACACAGCUGGAAAUGCAUUACAAAGCUGAUGUUGUUAUCGAGUGAAGUAUUGUGUUUUCAUUUCGAUACACCGUUUCGGAAAUUUGCCGACAAGUGGCGGCGACAAUCUGACGGCACCUCGCCGCUCUGGUCCUACAACCAGUUUCAAUAUGAGUGGAGGCGCGCACAUGGAGAGCGUGUCGGCAGUUCCGGAUAUCCUAAAAUGCCGUCUCCGGCGUGGUUGGCGAAAAAAUUUCUGGUGGCUGCGGCCUCCGGCUAAAAAGAAAUUCUUUUGCCGACCGGGGUGAACAAGAAGGCGGUCGACCAAUUACGAGCUGUAGGAUGUAAAUAUGGACAGAUUUUUUCGGUAGCAGGCUGAGCUUUUCUUUAUCGCACUGACACUUGAAAACACUCAUUUUUGAAUUUGGUGUUUACAUGCUAGGCAAUCCCAACUGUAAUGUGUUUCUACAUAUACCUAGUUGUUUUCUGUAGGAUUUUUAAUUUUCUUUUGAUGGUCAGGACUAGGAUAGUUUUCUCAUUGCUCGUUCGCAAAUCGACAAAUGUUUCCUAAAUAAAGAUCGUGAAAAGUCUCACCCGUGCCAAUACUAAUGAAUCCCUGUGUGAUCAUAUGACAGGCAGGCAGGCUAUUUUCUGUUCCUUGCCUCAGCCGCGGGUAGUUGUGCCGUUGCCGUUCUUCUCCUUGUUUGAUAAUUGCGUGUAGAACAAGUUCGUUCUGUGUUGGAACAUGUUGUGUUGGAACAAGCGCAGCGUUGCUGAAUUUGUGGUUGACGCUUAGUAGUUAGGCCUGGAGUGGAGUAGAAGUGCAAGUCUUCGAGCUUGUCGGACCACGAGUCAGUUCUUCUAGCUUUUCACAAAAAUGAGAAAAUGGCUCUGUUCUAGGCGAGGCUGGUGCAGGAGGUCGAGUUUGGCGAAAAAUUCAGAUACACAACGGGCGAAGACAACGAGACCUGCGAAUCGGCCACUUCUUGUGGAGGAUGCAAAAAAAAUACUUCUCGAUGGUUCAACCAAAAUGCGCUUGGAGUAGUUGUGCCGGUUCGAAGAGCAGGUGAUAAUGAUCCAUUGUGAGCUGCGACAUAAACGCGCCUCUACUGCAGUUCUUCUUCUCCUUCCCACCACAGCUUCGUCCGCUCGAAGAAGAGCAACACGCUUUAUUCCGGCUACGGAUGCAGGAUCAACAUGAUCAUGAUCGUUCCUGCAUGACCUGUUCCUGCGUAUGAAUAGCUCAAAGAACCUCCCUUGAAAUCGACGACGUUGAAGCAUGCAGGAGGAAGAUGGACAUUAUGGGUUGCACAGUUGUCCAUAUCUCAAAAUACUACCUGCUCCGAUAAACUUCACUUGCGAUGAGAUCAACGAACUACAUCAAGGUCAAUGUCAGUGAGUCUGGUGAAUCACCAGACUCACGUAUAUGCGUGUUGGAAAUGGAUUGUAUAUGAUUUUGAAUCCGUAUACGUAUAGCAUGCUGAAGUUUAAAAGUUUGCGAAGCCGACAAAAAAAACGAGAAACAAAAGCAAAAACGCAUAAAAAGCUUUUCAGCAUGGUCUCACGUCUUGACACUCGCCUAGCGGAGGGGGGGCGGAGGGCAAGUUGCAGUCGAUUAUACCCAGAAUUAGCUGCGGAAGCGGAUAGUACUAAAAGUGCAAAGUGCUUACUUUUUCGAAGCAGAUGCCAUUUAUUAUUUACACUUCUGCUACCAGGACGGCACUGCGCUUCUGCAUGUGCCGUCUACACCCUCCGCUACCCCUCCGCAGUUGCUGGGCAUGUUCCUCAUAGCAUGCUGAAUUUUGAAAACUUGCAAAACCGACAAAAAAAGCGAAAAACAAGAGUGAAAACGCAUAAAAAGCUUUUCAGCAUGGUGACACCUCUUGACACUCGCCUAGCGGAGGGGUGGCGGAGGGCAAGUUGCUGUCGAUUAGACCCAGAAUUAGCUGCGGAUAGUAUGAAAAGUGAAAAGUGCUUACUUUUUGACAACAGAUGGCAUCUAUUAUUGAACUUCUCUUACCAGGACGGCACUGCGAUUCUGCAUGUGCCGUCUACACCCUCCGCUACCCCUCCGCAGUUGCUGGGCAUGUUCCUCAUAACAUGCUGUUUUUUGAAAACUUGCAAAACCGGCAAAAAAAGCGAAAAACAAAAGUGAAAACGCAUAAAAAGCUUUUCAGCAUGGUAGCACCUCUUGACACUCGCCUAGCGGAGGGGUGCCGGAGGGCAAGUUGCAGUCGAUUAGACACAGAAUUAGCUGCGGAUAGUAUGAAAAGUGUAAAGUGCUUACUUUUUGACAACAGAUGGCAUUUAUUUAUUGAACUUCUCUUACCAGGACGGCACUGCGAUUCUGCAUGUGCCGUCUGCACCCUCCGCUACCCCUCCGCAGUUGCUGGGCAUGUUCCUCAUAGCAUGCUGAAUUUUGAAACUUGCAAAACCGGCAAAAAAAGCGAAAAACAAAAGUAAAAACGAAUAAAAAGCUUUUCAGAAUGGUAUCACCUCUUGACAUUCGCCUAGCGGAGGGGUGGCGGAGGGCAAGUUGCAGUCGAUUAGACCCAGAGGUAGCUGCGGAUAGUCUGAAAAGUGUAAAGUGCUUACUUUUUGACAACAGAUGGUAUUUAUUGUCAAACUACUGUUACCAGGACGGCACUGCGAUUCCGCAUGUGCCGUCUACACCCUCCGCUACCCCUCCGCAGUUGCUGGGCAUGUGCCUCAUAGCAUGCUGAGUUUUAAAAUUUUGCGAAACCGACAAAAAAAGCGAGAAACAAAAUCAACAACGCAUAAAACGCUUUCCAGGAUGGUGUCACGUCUUGCCAUUCGCCUAGCGGAGGGGGGGCGGAGGGCAAGUUGCAGUCGAUUAGACCCAGAACUAGCUGCGGAUAGUACUAAAAGUGCAAAGUGCUUACUUUUUGAAAGCAGAUGCCAUCUAUUAUUACACUUCUGCUACCAGGACGGCACUGCGAUUCUGCAUGUGCCGUCUACACCCUCCGCUACCCCUCCGCAGUUGUUGGGCAUGUGCCUCAAGGCACGACUAAUUUGCAAAAAACAACUGAAAAAACAAAAAUACAAUACGCAUAUACAAUCCAUUUCGAUUUCCAACAUAGUUCAUCACCGUGAUCCAUUUCCAACAUAGUGCAUGCAGAAAUGGCAUUAGUAGUGCGAGGCUCUCAAGAUGAACACUAAUUCGCAAAAGUCAAAAUCGAAAACCCCUUUUUUACUUCUCAUCGCCGAAACUCCUGAUCGUGCUUAUGAAAAUCAUCUGCUCCUUCUUCUCGCAAACUACAAUUAGAAUCGCUUCAUGUAAAAUGAAAAUUUGAUCGUAUUUAGUCGCUUUGUCGGCCAGCCUCUCGUCGUCGUGGCAUCGUGAUCGUCUCAGCGUGUUAAUAAAAAAAUAUCGUUUUUCCACCAUCGCUUCAGGCACGGGCAGUCGCAGUUGUGGUUGCGGUAUAUUGGCGACUAGUGUUUCAGUACGUAGACAUAGCCCUAGAUUCAAUUCCUCCAUGAGACUACCUUUGAAAGCCGGCAACGUCUCUGGAAUUUAGUAGUUUAGUGUAUGAUGACUAGCACAGCUUGGAAGCUCUUUUGUAGUUACUCAACAUUGUUUUAUCGAUAUACGGGACGAGAAUCUAGAGAAAAGGAACCGCUUUUAUUUUUAACCGUUUCGUUUUUCCAAAUAUGAUAAGUAGAUGCCGGAGCACAAAAAAUUUUGUACACUCAGCAUUCACCCGUUCGGUUUCAGUUUCAGCAGCACGCAAAUUCAUAGAUAAAAACUCUGCGACUUUUCAUGUUUAGAAAGGAGUUUAUUUGUACAAUGGAACCCACGGACACGUCGCAUGGAGCAGUUGUAUCUAUAUUCAAUUCGAGGAGAGGCCAACGACAAACCCGCACGGAGCACAAGCUUGUUGCUCUGAAGGCGUUUUUACAAUUUCGCAGUCGCGGGUGGAGAUCCGACAAACACGACAACGGGCUGAAAGACGCAUGAGGAACGAGCAGUUCUCUUCACGAGGAUCGCAUUUUUGCGCAUGCAGUAGUAGUAUCUAAGCUGCCCCGAAAAGGGUUUGUGACUAUUGUUUCUUUCGGCGAGUAAAAGUUGUAUAAUAACUCACGGCGGAACAUCGACAUCGACCAACGGAGCGACACCCCUUUAUUUUUACCUAAAAGCCAGUGACUCUUCCUUCUGACUGUGGAGCGACCCGGAGCUGUACCCUAUGGGCGACCGGCGCGACCACCAUUUCAACGACAAUCCCCCACGACCCGCGAUUCCAUCUGACCAACGUAAUUUUAACCCUCACCAUCCAGAUCCGCACGGUGGCAUACAGCCUCCAUGGAGAGCUACUAAUGCCGGCCGCGACUUAGCAGAGCCGGGUAACUACAAGAACAGACGCUUCGAAAAUAACCGUGCGCGCUUCGUCCAAGAAGAGCAUGACAUCCCGAGCUACCCUUUACCCGUCGCCCCAGUGCCCACACAAGCAACGUCGGCGUUGCAUACUGCGACCACAUUCGAUUUCGAGCCGGAAGUUUGUCAUGCACAGGCCGCAAAUGCUGGAGCCGACGUGGAACAACAUACACCGGGAGAAGGUGUUCGAGAAGAGGCAGCGUAUGAGCGGCAAGCGGCACGAGAUGUUGUUGGGCGACGUGACCCUCGCGCCCAUGAACGAAAUAACGUGGCGUCGUACGGCGGCACAGUGAACACCACUCUGUCCUCCGCCGGUAAUUAUGGAAGCUCGUACUACCAGGAGCAAAACGACGCCAGGAGACCGGCAGCGACAAGUACGAUUUCGAUUGAGGAUGAUGUGAUAAGAAGCGAUGUAGGUGGUGGAGCUCCUCCUGCCUGGCGCCCUGGCCGCGGCCAAGUGGAAAUCCGGCCUGCGGCAAUAUGGAUUGCAAAUAUGUCUGGGUCUCGAAGGUGUGGGGAGUUUGUCGUGCAAAUUCUACAUGGCUCCCGAUGCCUGUGAUGCAUCUGUUAGCAGCACAGCUUUCGCAAAGGUUUGCUCAUGCCUAUCCUGCAUGAGAAAAAAUGCCCCCUCCGGGUGGCUUCUAAUCUGAGUGUCUACUUUUGCCUCUCUUGCAAUACAGAUUUUUGUAUGAUGGACAGCUAGCAUCACAAAUCCCACGCUUUUCUGACCCAGACAUAUUUGCAUUUGAUAGGCGACACGAGAUGACCAAUUUUCAUCCUACAAUCCGAACAGAGAGACCGAGAGCUCUUAUUCCGUGACUGCUCCCACCAGGGUCAGACAUGUUGACCAUGCGGGUCUCACUGAUGCCUAUCGCGACAACAAGCACAAGCACUCCCGCACAGCCACAGGGCGGCUGGAAAACAGAGAAACCAGUUUCGAAAGCAAUGCCGACUGCGAAAACGGUGACACACAGCCCGCCGCACCACAGGAGCGACACCAAAAUGCUGGCCAGAACAACGACCAGCAGCCCGACCAGCGUCAAGUAGGACUGCAAGACUUUGUCUACCAGGCGGAUUUGCCAAAGGUGGCUCCUGUGGUUGGUACAUCCAACGGUAAGAGGACCGAGCUACAACGAAAUGUGGACGAGUCAGCGCGUCUUCACCAGAAUCAAGAAGAGGCUCAGCCUGUAGCUGAAGCGGCGAAAUAUGGAAAUGGACGUCGCGGUUUUCAUAUCAGAAAUCCUCGUGACACCACCAGCUCUGGAAGGUAUUGCCACGACACCAAGGCCGACAACCGCAACAACGCGCCAGUCGCCCCGGAAGAUUCUGCGCCGAUAAUAUUACCACGCUGCGCGGAAAAGGUCGAUGCUCCUUCUGUGCCUGAUGGCAAAGACGUCCAGAAGGACACCGAUCCUCCCCGGAAUCAUGCUGGUGGACCCAGCGCCGAUCUCCCCGAUGUGGAAGGGAUGUGUCCUGCGAACGCAGAAGUCGCGAAUACUCUCUCCCCUCAAAAAGACCAUCUACAUCCCCCGUCCGCGGGCUGCAGCACGAUCCCCGUCUACGGGCGUCACAACGCCCCUUUUCUCAACUCCCCGAGCGACCUACCGGAGUAUUUCAACGACGAGGACUGCCGGACUUCGUACAAAGAAAACGACUCCCUACUUUCCACGGCUGCGUUUAUCCAGCGGAAAAACAUCGCUGUGACCGCCACCGCCCGCGUUGGCCCCGGCAUGGUCAUCUGCAUGGGCGAACAGGUGGUUGACAACCAUCACGUGGACUUCAACAAGCCGACUUUAUUGCUCGAAGUUGUGAAGCGGAUCGGGAAGGGCGGGUCAGCGGAGGUGUUCGAGUGCGUUGAUCUGCGAACUUGUGUAGGAGAUGGAGGAGCGACUGCUACGACCUCGGGAUCGGGAAGUCGUGGGGGCAACUAUAGCUGCAAUCAUAGCGCGUCGCGAAGUGGUCAGCACAAUGGAACAAGCAGCAGUGCAAGUCGAAACAAGGAGCAAGGUUCUCAGUUAUCCGUUACCCGCUACGCACUCAAAGUCGUCUAUGCUCGGGACGCGAGGCAAAUGCGCUCGUUCGCCAUGGAGGUAAACUGGCUGCGGGCUUUGCGGGACAAGAAUCAGGCAGCGAACAAUGCCGGAACUACCCCGAAUGGUAAACACAACGCGGACGAGCUGCGGGUAGUGAAGAUGAUCAGCGAAGCGAAAUUUUUUCCAAAAGAUUUGGUGAUCCACAUUUUGCUGGAAUUCGCGGACUGUGGUAUGGGAUGGAGAGGGCUGCGGUGGUUUGUUUGAAAGAAAUAGUUUCUCUGAUUCUAAACCGCGAUUAAGUUUAAGAAGAUGGGACGCAUGAUGCGUGCGGCAAGAAGCAGCUUGUGCAUAUUUAUUGACUCGUAGAAUCGUGCAGCCCCAGCCGCAAGCGCGCGCAUGUAAAAAUUUGUCAUUAUCAUAAUUCUUGCAUGUACAACCACACGAUGAGCAUGACACAAUGUUGUCUCAAUUGGAAGAACUGGCUCAACAACCAACGCACCUCCUUUCCCCUCCGAUACCCAACCUGCACUCCUUUCUUCGGAAAAACUACGAAGUUUUUUCCAUCUACGACAUCCGCAACCUGUGGCGCGACAUGGUCGCAGGCGUCGCGGCCAUCCACUAUCAAAUGUAAAAAUGUCUGGGUCUGGAAGAAUGCGCGAUUUGUCAUGCUUCUCUGGCAUGACUCUUAAAUCUGUCAUGCAGGUUACCCAAGAGCCCCAAUUUCCUGUCAUCCAAAAACGCAGUUUGUCAUGCAGAAUAGGCAACACCUAGAAGCUCAGAAACUUGUCAUGCUGAGCCAGCACUUAUGGCUUCCGCAUGAUACGCCACCCAGCAUCACAAGCUUCCAGACCCAGACAUUUUUACAUUUGAUAUCCACAGCCUCGGUUUGAUCCACUUUGACCUUAAGCCCGCGAAUUUCCUCAUCGUGGACAACAUCGUGAAGGUCUCUGACUUCGGCCUCGCGCGCGGGAUCAACAAGGAUGAGGGCAUCACCCACGUUUCCCGCGACCGUCAGUGCGGUACGCCCCGCUACAUGCCACCGGAGGCGUUCUACCAACCGGAUGAGGGGUCGGCGAGUUUGAAGAUGCGGCCGGCGGCCGAUGUUUGGGCCUUGGGGAUCAUCCUCUACCAAUUGCUGUACGGGCGGGCACCGUACGAGCAUUUAGAGGGCUGCGGGAUGCGGGCGCAGUUCGCCGUGGCGGACUCCCGGGUGCGGAUUCUGUAUUCGAGGUCCCGCAGGUGGGAAGAGCAGGACGCCGCGCUCUUCGGCCAUCUGGUAUCAUUACUGCAAGUCACACUGCGCUGGCGGUGGGAAAGGCGAUGGGACGCGCAGACGGUGCUGAAGUAUUUGGAGACGCCAGAAGGAGAUGAUCUUCAGAAUGGUUUUGCGAGUUUGCAGCCAGGCGAAGUAGGUCGUGGUGGAACCAGCAAGAAGAGACAGCAAAAGCUGCUACUGAAAACGCCGAAAAACCUGGUCAACGAGGAAGACAUGAAAGGGAAGACGACGAAAUGGAAGGGCCGCCGGCUGUCGGACAUUUACGAAGAGGAAUACAUAGAUCAGACGGCGUUUUUACCGCUUUUGGCGAAACAAGAGAGCUACUCCUACAACUCGACGACUGCUCUCGGCACUAUCGGUGGUGAGGAAGCGGGGUUAUCGGCACGACGGCAGAAUAGUCUUGGACAGCAGGGUGACGACGGCGCUAGUACAGGCCAAAUCGACAAAGAGGACGGGCGUUCAGCUGGCGAGGCAAAAGAUAUCAGACAUGGCAAGCAGAAGUUCGAAAAUGAACCGCCAGAAGAGCAUGAACCAGAGCUGGUAUCGUCCUCUGAGGAAGAAGCGAUAAACGCUCAGAACGGUGAAAGGCAAGCCCAUAGCUCUUCUCUGUCACAGCAACAGAAGCAGAAGCAGGCAGUAGAAGAUGAAAUAACAGACGUGGACUUUGCUUCCAGGAACAAAACCGCAUGCUUGGCAUCUGCGACACAAACUUUCGACGAGGAAGCGCAAAGAGACACGACGAGGACGACGCCAAGUUUAUUUGCUUGUGAAGAUGUUGAUGACAAUGACGACUUUUCGCAAGACAAAUUUCGCCCCCUGAUAGAGGACCCCUCCUCAUCGUCAACAUCCUCCACGGGCCCCUGUGCCGCUUUUUUGGCCUCUUCGCUUUCGACCAUCAUCGUCACCAUCGUCGCAAUCUGUCUUCUCGCUGGCGCUACGGGCUUGGCAGUGCACAUGGGCAAUGUUAGCGAGGGGAACAAGCAGAAAGCAGAGCUGGGGGAUGGGGACGAGUAUCCGUUUGGCGGCUUCGGCGGCGGGUAUAAGCCGAAUAUUUUGGUCCCGACAAGAAUUUUCAACGGGGAUGGAGGAGGAGGUGGCGGUGGUGAUCCACGUGGAGGAAACCCUAGCGGCCCACCAACAGCCCUCGGCAACGAUGAUCCUCAGGGAGGUGGGCACGCCGACCCAACAGCCCCACCUCCGCAGCACCUCCAACCGCUUUCUCCUCCUACUCAGAGCUCGCCCUCGUCAGUGCUGUCGACCUUGUUCCCCGCCCCGGGAGCUGUUUAUGGACCGGAGUUUCUAGCGCCGGCGAAACCAAAGGCAAAACCUCUAGGGCCGGCUCCUGGUGGUGCAGCAGGACCGGCGCCAGCACCGGCCGCUCCCGGGCCUGUUGUGCACGUUGCAGGGCCUGCUUCCGCGACUACACCAGUAGUGGUUCCUGCUGCUGCGGUGCCGGCUCCGCCGGCAGUUCCUGUUCCACCGACCGCGGCUUCGGCUGCAAGUCCGGCAACUGCAACUAGUCCUGCAGCUGACCCGGAUUCUGCGCAAGCUCAAGCAAGACAGGCACCAGCAGCAGGAGCUGAGUCACCAGCAUCUGCUCCGUCCGCGUCAUCGCCUGAUCCCCCGCCGGAAAGUGCUGAUCAGACGGAUAGUACGAGUGGCAGUCCCAGCACCGGGCAAGCAACGAGCAGUGCUGAACAAAACCCCGCAGGGGCACAGCAAAGGACAAGAGAAGGCGAGGAAGGAAACCAGUCGUCGGAAACUACCAGCCUUCAUCAGGAUCACGAGCUACAGCAAGGCCAAGAACUUAUCCAUUCUGCUGCCACAUCAAGUGCUGCGCAGCAGGAGAUGUUGCCGCAGCAAGACGGAACAGACACCGCGCAAAUUAUGCGACCGCGAACAGGCACUUCCGACAGUGCGGAUCUACAGUCCACGAAUGCUGCGACUAGUGAUUCGGGUUGUGGCGUUGAUGUUGGAACUGACCAGUCGUCAGCUGCGGGUAGUCGCAGGACCGAUGAUGUUUUGGACCAACAUUCAAGUAGCGCAGCUACUCCAAUGAAUCCGAGUGUGGACAACGAGAGCGGUUCUGCGCAAGGUGCUUCUGGUACUGGAAUGAGCGAUCGGGCGGAAGGAGAAAUUUUUCCUGGUUCCUCAACAUCCACUGGGACUGCUGGCGCAGCGGGCAGUGAUAUUCAAUCUAGUCGCGAUGAGGUCGUUGUUGCUCCGCAAACUUCAGCUUCGAAUCCAGCAGCAGCUGCAGGAGGUAGUGUUAGCCAAGAAGAGCCGCGUCCGCAACCAGGUCCGAGUGCACCUUCCGGGGGAGCUUCAUCCGGACUGGAUUCGGUUGGUGGUGGCGGUGCAUCUGGAGUUUCUUAUGCCGGGGCUUCUCACGGAACUGGCAUUGGAAGAGACACGGGACCGGAAGAACACACACGAGAGGUGAAUCCCCAAGAGGAGCUUCCGUUUCCUGAUGCUGCAAUCCGGGGCGCACGGGAUAUGCAGAGCGAUGCUUCGUCGACCGCUUCAAGGCGGGCCAUGUCGGAUGUUGCCACCGGAGGUGGAGGUGAUGCCCGCGACUCGCAUAUCGACCACGCACAGGCCGGCGGUUCGGACGCACGUGGUCUUGAUGAAGAAGACGCUGGCGUUGACGCGGACAGCGUUAGCGCAGGAACCGACAGCGACCCAUUGGUAUCCGAUCUGGAUGCUCUCCUUAGAGACGAAGAUAAUGCUAGCUGUAGCGACGCCGAAGAAGAUGCUGUGGGCUCAGUGUGUUCGCAAGAGGAGGACCACCAUGAACAAGAACUCGAAGGACAGGACAUAAUCAACGAGGAUAAAAUAGAAGUUCCGGAGACGUCGUCUGAAAGGGGACGUGACGAAGGGGCCCGCCGUGCGGAGACAGCCUCUGCUACAGAUGGACUCAGCGCGGCCGGCCAGGCUUCGUAUCGCCCUACCGUCGGUGAAGGUUACAGUUCCUCGAGCUCGUCCGCGGUAUGGCACCCACCAGUUGGCGUAGCUUCCAGGACACCAGUGGAACGUGGCAGCAGCCAUGACAACCAAGAAGCGCGUGUCGGUGAUCCGGUUUUGGGUUCGAGGACUGUUCCCUCCCUCACAACCCGGCAAGAGCGAGGAGGAAGUUGCGAGGAUCUCUUCUUGGAGGUUCUGAGCGAACAUGUUCCCAGUAGAAAGCCUAGAGAUUUCUGGAACGUCGAAAUUGAUCUGGGAUACGAUCAUCUGAAAGCUGCGGACGAUAUCUUACAAGACGAACACGACCGCCUGCCUCUGGUACCUACAUCUGAGAGAAGCUUCGACCCCGACACAUGGAGGGUACAAAAACUUCUUUCCUAUUUCCGUUUUGUCGGUACUAAAACCAAUGCAAAAUAAAGACACGGCGAAGAGACGAGAAGCCAACUACUUAGUGGCAGAGAAUUCGAAUUCCAGUCGCUGUACUGAUUCAUUGAUUCAAUUGCGCAGGGUGCGGGACUCCUGAAACCGGAAUUCUCAGCCAGACAGAAAAGAGCUCUAGAUACAAGUCGAACCUUUGGUAACAUCAAAUCAGGUAAGCACAAUAAUGGCUAUGAUGCCAUUCUGCAAAGUGAACAUACAGUGGGCAUUUCAUCCGGAGUAUAUUCGUCUCAGACAGCGCGGCUGGCCCGUAGAGGAAGCGGAUCUUUACGGUGCGGCGCGUCUACGGUCUGGCUGCGUGUCGGAAGACAAACAGUUUUUCAGGGACGUGUGGGAUUUUUUAUGUUAACGCAAUCCAAUUUUUUCGCCUUUUAGAAGCUGCAACCCGCAAAGAUUUGCAGCGCUUAUCCUUUUUGCAUGUGUGUUCUAUUCGAAUUUGUUGUGUAGCUUGAGCAGCAUCCGUUAUGUGCUGUAGAGGCACGCCAUGCCCAUUUGGGAGCGCAGAACAAAAAGCAGCACUACAAAUUGGGUUGCAUAAGGGUUUCACGAGAGGUUACAACCUGCAACCGGCACGGACGGACUAGGCGCCGCUCAAGGCAAGCACGUCGUGGUCUGGGAUGAUCCCAUGGGCGUCUCAUCGAGCACCACGUUGACCGACAGCAACGGUACACCAAAUUACUACAUCGUCGGAAACGGUGCAGACACGGAUCCAGAUCUUCUGAACGAAGCGACGCAGAAACAUCUCAUCAGGGAAGAGCGGUGCCGCAUCGGGAUGGUGACGGAGUAUUUAUUUCAAGCCGCUCGAGGCAUACAAGAAUUCGAAUCUGAGUCCUUUCCCGUUCCAUAUGGUACUAGUCCUGCUACAGCUAAUGCUAUACAAUAGAUAGGGUAUAGCCUUGUCGCUCCCGAUAGGUAUAGCCUUGUCGCUCCUUGUCCUCUUUUUGCUUUGGAGGGCCGCAGACACAGUCCCAGCGAAGUACAUGACAGCACACAACUUUCCCUUCGGUGAAUAAAGCAGAUUCACACGACUUGGUAAUAAAUAAUUCACGAUGAAAUCUUGUAGAUCUAGCCUCAAAAUUCCUAACCACCCAUCUCCACGUACUUACAGGUUAUUGCCUGAACUCUCAUCCCACCCCCGCCGAACUGCCGGCCCAGAACUGGCCGGAGGUUGUAAUGUGUGACAGGAGGUUUCCGGUGUGGAAGCAUGGCGGCAAACCGCGACCAUCCGUGAUACACCAACAUUGGCAUUAUUAUUUCCAAAAAGAUUUUUGGGAUCGUGCAGAGUUUUGGCGACGCAACUCAACCGGCGUUGGCGCGGAAUGGUCUUAUCAGCACUUUCGCUGGACUUGGGUUUUGACCUGCUACAAAGGCGCAUGCGCGACGGUGCCGUUUGAUCGGUCAUGCAACUCGCUGCGCUUUUCUUCUCUGGGAAGCUUUCCGGGCUUCGAGUUGUCAUACGGAAGAGACGUUAGGAAAGAAAAAAAUGGCAAAAAUGCACCCCUCGCUCUCCUCGUGGAUUUCCGAAAAUUCGCUUGCCUGCCAUGUUCGUUCCUUUUUGUCCUUCGAGUGUUGCUUGUUCGAGCAUCUUAUUUACUUGACAAUUAUUUGGUUAAGUGAUCCUGAAAAAAAAGUGCUAGCAGAUUUGUGAAAAUCACAGGGAAGCGAGUGGUGCAAGUUUGGUAAUUUUUCCUGCAUUCUGUCCUUUAAUCCGAGAACGGAUAAAGCUAUCCAAGACAAGUUUUCGACCGUUCUCCAGCCACUAAUUAUUCCCUAGAAGGAAGCGCUUCACUUGCUACACGGAGGAAGCAUUGACAGCUGGGUCCUGACACAUAUCCCGCUUUCUUAUUAUUUCAUUUUCUGCCCACGGCGCCAAACCAACACCGGUUUUACUACCCCCUCUGUUUCGAAUGCGAAUCUCCACCCCCUGAGUUGCACAAAAAUGCGAGGAAACAAGAAAAGAACGGCGCGCGACGAUAGAAAUUUGCUUGAUGCCGGUCAAUAUUUGCUCACGAAAGAUAUAAAUCACACUCCUGUAGCCGGCUGCCCUUCUUGUAUACUGUGGUCUUCGAGCUUUUGCUUCGACUGUCUCGACUCAGCGAUUACGAUGAAGAUCUGUCGAGCGUUGCUACUUCGUGGCGGCCAAUCAUGAUCCAAAAAUUAGAAUACAUAGUACUCACUGUUGCAUGUUCGGAAAAUGUUCCUUGAGGAUGAUGCUAUUUUUUGAACCGAGUAUGACACACAAAGGUUGGAAGAACCAUAAAGAAAAGUCGAGGAGGGUUCUUCAAGGAGCACGUUUGGAAAUCCUGUUGUGCCUAAAAUAAAAUCACUGGAAAGUAGUUAAUGCCAAUCACCUGGGAGCUUUGCUUUGAAGUGAAAACGUUCGCACUCACGGAAUUUUAUUACGCGACCAGAGCUACAAGUACAAAUAAACAGAAAUAAGAAUCUUCUGCUUUUUCCUGUACACAAGAAUCUGAGGCACUGUACAAUUGCGAAGCCCUAAUACUGUAUGUAGGACCAAAUUUGAAUUUCCUUUUCUCUUCGACGAGUUUUCCUACCAAAAAUAGACCCACUUAGAUGUAUUGUAUAAAUUUUGAUGCCCAGUCUCACUUUAGCCAUCCCCCACAUAAUCACAGUUUUGAGAUAGAGGAAAAUGGUGCUAUGAGAUAAAAAAUGCCCGGGUAUGUAUAAUCACCUUACGGGAGAACCGAGAAUAAAUCGGUGUGUGGAUGUUGAGCACGCAUAAGCGCGGGGACGAAACGCAAACGGACCGAAUUGUACCAGUGCACACUAUGCUACGGUGGAGAAGCAAUUUCGGUUUUUGCAUCUGGCUGCUGCGCCAUGUUGUUGUUGGGGCAAGUAUGUUCCUCGCUGGCACGACCUGCGCCGCUGCGGCUACUGCACAGGCGGGCCCUACUGCUAAUGCAGGGAGCCAGGCGGGGAUAAAGAUAAAGCUGGACAGAACCGAUUCAUCACCGAAACAAAAACAAAAUCAUACCGGAACGCAGUUGGAGGCCUUGCAAGCGGAGGACAGGCCCGUUAGGACGAAGCAGCCCGUUGCCGUACCGGAAGUGCGGCGGGAUCUUUUGAAGGACAUCAAAAGUGUAGAGCCGGGGCUGCUUCUUUCUGGACCGACGAGUUUUUUGAAUGAGCAGAGCGGCAUCUUGAGCUUCUUAUCCGCCGCGGACGCAGCCGCAUUGUUGGGAACUGCCAAGCCGAAUUCGGAAGCAGACGCAACGGGUGCACAACUUGCUGCAGCCGCCCGCGCACAGCAGACUCUGGGUAGAGCAUUGGAAGACCGAACGGAGAGCUGUGAAGACCUCUACAUAGAGGUUUUGCGCGAGCGGUUGGGCACAAAAAUGCCUCGUGAUUACUGGAACGCAACAGUGGAUUUGGGCAGAGAUUAUUUACAGAAAUACCAAUCUGAAGUUGAAGUAUCUCGAGCACAGGGUGGCAAACGAACUUCUGCGGCCGCUACGGAUUGGAGCGUACUGCCUUUUUGUAGAGCCAGCACAUUAAUAUAUGUUUCCCUUCAACUCCGUUUUUUUUUGCUCGCCUGCCGUUGCCACUUGCACACGAUUAUUCUCAAUGCAAGGCGAAGGUGGUGCGAUCGUGUCGGCAAUGCACUCAGACUCACUUCACUGGCUGCCACUGCCUGUGCGUUACUAGCGCUUGCCCUUUGAAUAGAUACUAUCUAUGCAUCUGUAAAAUUUCAACUCUAACCUUCUGUUUCAGGUAAGAUUUCUGAUGACCAUGGUCAGGGAGACGUGCAAUCCGGCUACGUUGUACGAAGCUGCAGGCAGUGUGGGCCUUUCCAUCUUGCCGACCUACGACUCGGACAAGCUUCGAAAAGGGUGCCACAAAAGCGACAAGGCAUUUUUUCGCGAGGUUCUGGAUUUUUUCCACGAAGAAUCAUCUGCGACCCGAAGUGCAACGGUGGAUAGAAACAAAAAAACUCAGACUGCAGCUGUUUCGGUGCGACAUGUGGUAGUUUGGAACCCACCGGUCGCGCACGCUUUUUACAGGAAGAGCUGGAAGGCGUCGGAAGGCCUCCCUGUUUCUCCGUCUGACUUCGCGAGGAAAGUGAACAUGGCGCGGAAUCCAAAUCGCUUGAUUUUGGAUCGAAGGUGCCGCGUGGCUAUGGCAACGGAGUUUCUGUUUCAGAACUAUGAUCUUGUUUACAACACGCUGCCAUUUCCGGUGAAGCACGGUAAGGUGAUAAAAUAUGUGUGUCCUCGUUGAGAGUUGUGAAUGUGACCGUUACAGCGCUAUUGGACGUACGUUGAUAUUGAUAUGCGUAUGCUACACCAGCGUGCCGCGCACUUAUUUCAGUGUGAACCUAGCUAUCGUGUGUGGCCGGCCCUUCCAUUAAAGCUUAUCUUUGCUCCUCAGCUUCGACUAUGCCUGGCUUCGUUUUGGUUCUGAAUCGUUGCGGCUUUAGCACCUGGCGACCGAUGGCGCAACCCGUCCUAUUCUUGUUCAAAGAAUUUUUGUGUCUGAAACUAAACCUAAGACCAACAUAUCCAUAAAUAAUACAGGUUACUGCCUGAACCCAGAUUUGAUAAAUGCUGUCGACCCACGUCUCCGGGCAACGCCAGUUAGAAGGGAACCGCUAGACGAAAGUUGGUACCCAUUUUUCCGCAAGAUUUUUCGGAAAUUUGCGAAGAAGUGGCGGAGUGGUUCCGAUGGUGUAGGUCUCGGUUGGUCGUACAAUCAACUUCAGUGGGACUGGCGAAGCUUCCAUGCACAGCGCCUGCGAGAUCGUGGAUCAUACGAAAAGCUUCUCGAUAAACGCGCACCACUUGUGCCGAAAAGGCUCUCUGACAAUCCGAGAAAAUUUUUGGUCUUUUAUCCUUCCAAAAUCGACAACGGAAACGGGUCUCAGGGGCAAAGCUGAUGUGGAAUGUGGGCUCGUGUUUUCGUUUGACGCUAUUCUAAUUUGACAGCAAAGCAGGUGGAGAAAUGGGAGUGCAACUACUUCGCACCAAUGGCCACAGCCUUCAGGAAAUGUAGAAAAUCUCCUCCAGUUCGUUUUACGAAACACCAACGAAUUAUUAUCUAUGUAUUUAUAUGUGAUGCAGCAGCUUUACGCACUGACUUUGUUGUAUGAUUAUUUUUAUACUUUUAUGAUAUUUAACGCCUAUGAAUGUUGCAAUAUUUUCAUAUGUGCCAUAGAAUAUUGAUAUUCAUAUGCGAAAAAGAGGAAUGUAGUCGCGCGCUCUUUAUCUGCGCAUCAUCCAGUUUCGGCUGGAGUUUGAACAGCGGCGACGGAAGGAAGGCUGCUGCUUUUGUUGGCCGUGUACUUGCUUAUGUUUAGUCGUGAAAAAAACCUAUUCUUUCAAGAUUAGCCGGCGUAACGAAAUCGAACGUCAGGCAUAAAGCACAGAAAUGCGCUUGGGGGACAGAAAUUUAAUUGGGGUCCUACCAUGCAGAUUAUGGAUGUACAAUGUGACUGAAUAUAACAACCGCGACUCCUGUAAAAUGCGGCUCCUGCGUGUAAGUAUGCGUGUUGCGAUUCCUGUUUUUUAGAUAAGUUCAAACGCGGAGUUCUACUUUCUCAGGAACAUGAAUAUGAGCGCAAAGAAUUUUAGUUCACGCGCACGCCCUCGACGAGGCCAUAGGGUUCGCUUUGCUUGCUUUCAUUCCCGCAUCGUUUAAAGUUUACGCCGAGAGCUCGUGAGCACUCUGAAUAGACCCACAAGCAAGAUCAAGAGCGAAUAGAUAGCGUUCAAAUGCUUGGAAUGGUCAUGAUACAAAUGCAUUAGUUCGGAAAAUUGACAAUCGGAUUGAGAAAGCUGAUCCGCAAGAACCCGAAUCACCAAGGGUCAUCGUUCAAAAAAUAAAAUCAUGCUGAUCAUGAAUCAAAUAGCAAUUCUCGGGAUCAUGGUUCUAAUCUGUCUGAGUGUCUGCAAAUUUGGUAGGCAGGCAAAUUGUCCGCAUGGUAGAGGUUGAUCAGAUAGAUAUUGCUAUGAACAUUCCCGACCGAAAAAAUAGCUUGCUGCACCCGAUCAAAAUUAAGAGCUUGCUGCAGCAAAUUGGCAUUCCAGGAAACUUCAAUCGGUAAUGUGCAGCCAGUCCCGUCAUCGCAAAAUUGCGUUUAUUCUACCUCUCUCUGUCACAGCUGGUCCUAUUAAUCUCGUCUAAUCGCAAUUUCACGUAUGAAAAUUAUUUCAGUAUAAUCCUUCUUCAUCUUCUUUCUAGUAGGUGCCUUGUGGCAGAGGUGCUUCUUCAUCUUCAACUUUCUAGUUUGUGGCAUAAGUGCUUUGUAGACGAGUAGUAGUGUUGUUUAAACCAGUAUCGGUCCAAAGUUCAGUAUCGUCACGAAUAACAGUUGACUGACUUCAUUGGAAUUGCUUCUACUUUCAUUCCGUGUGACCAUGGUGUCGCUUGAAAGAGCUUGUAUACGACCGAGGGGAUUGCCUUCUCGACAGGCGCAGGUGGGUUCGUUGCUGGUUUUGUUUUGCCAGCUAUAUCACCUAUUAUCGAGCUUUGCGUCGGCCGCGGCGAGCGCUUCGUCUUCUUCCGGCUUCCGGGCAACUGGUGAAGCUGGCGAAACAGCAGCUGGACGCUCAUGGAAGUCCUUGGGGAUAAAAAACUCACACUUCGGGUGCGAAGACUGUCAGAAGUAUGUGUCCGCCUUCUCGGAGAUCAGAGAGGAUUUCCUCAUCGAUCAGCGGAGUGGGUUAGGACUUGCUCCCGAUGCAGCCGACCAAAUUCUGGCAGACCUGCAUCAGGUUUUGGGCCGGGAGCUCGGGAUCAUUCGGGCCUCUCGCCAACGCAGUUUGCGCUUCGUCCAGUGGGAAAACGGCCUUGAUGUGGACCCAGCAGCGGUCAUCAAAGAAAUUGUACUUCCUCUCAGUGACGGAUUCGGGCGUGAAUCAUGGAGACGUGCAUUAGUGGAAUGUCACAGCAUGAUAUUCAAAAUCGACGAUCGGAUUUUGAUUGAAGCGCAACAACUUCUUUUGCUACCCUACUGCAUGAGUAUAUCAUUAUUUUAGUGAUGAAGCUGCUUUUUACUUUCGUCAAAUUUGAGUUUCUCUAUGACCCGUACUUUCGUCCCCUCUGUGCCAGUUGUCUGAUUUGUUGGGUGAAUGCCUCCUCAGCCACACAACGUGUACGAAAACCACAGGACAAGACCUUUACGCCGCCAACCCCAGAACCCAUGCAGAGUGGAAGAGACUGUAUUUUCCGGAAAUAGCUGCGGGGGGCAGUGACGAUGCUCUGAAUGCGAGGAGAAAGAAGGAGCGUUACUGCCGAUCAUUGUAUGUGAUGUAUAUUGCCAGAAGCGACGACAGCGACCCCAAUGAACCUGCAGUUGUUUUACAAAGACGGCGCGCGGAGUCAAUGCUCCUAGCUAACAACGACGAAUCGUUGACCACACGCUUUGGGGAAGCUCUGCACCAUUGCGCGAAACGACCGACCGACGAGCGGGGGCAGAGUACAUUUUAUGUGUGAACUCUGUUGAUGUGCGUGCACUUUUCUAGCGUGCGUUUGCGAGGAUGAAGAGAAGGCUUAGUACCGAAUCUCGGAAGCGUCAGGUCAUGCCGCAUGUUGGCCGACUUUCACGUAUCCGUUUCCUUCGAUACCACAUGCAUAGUAAUCACCAGCGCCACGAUAUUCAACUAUCCUAGGAGAUGAAUGCGCUCUUUGCCAUGCUGUCAAAGCACUGAGCGCUUUUUCUUCCGCGGACGAUUACGAUUCUGCAUUGCAUUUGAACACUGGACUUUCUCUAUUGCAUUAGCGCAUUCUGGGUCGCGCGCCGUUUGGAUGAUUUUAUUUACCAGUUGCAACAAUUGUAAACCUCACAGGUAUCGAUGUGGGCCCCGGAGUCGAGUUUGUGCAGCUCGGCGUCACUGUGCCAGGCAGUGGCGAUAUGAACCGGAAGAGCGUGCCUUCUCGGACUUCCUUUUACUCUUCGGGGAUUUGUAGUCGCAGACACAGAGCCGCAAUGCGCACAAACGGUUUACUUUUGAUGCACUGGACCGUUUCGGCUUCAUUGCUCUGCUGCACUUCAUGCGAAGGAAAAUAUGCAUGUUGAUUAUGCUGAAAGCACAGCUCCUGUAGCUGCUCGUUCACAUAAAUCUGCUAGUCGUGUUGGUGCUCCUUAAGACCAGUAUGUGUGAUAUUACUGCGGAAGGUUUUUUCUUGGCUGGUAGGAGUAGGGGCUCUGCACUUCUACGAAAGAUUAACUUUAACACCUCUAAUAGAGGUGUUGCGAAGUCGAGGACAGCACUAAGCUUUGCUUUCAUAUAAGAACCGGGGUUCUUCGUCGUGGCUCCUACUUUUCCGGUUUUCCUGAACAGGAAGCUGAAGGAUAUGUACUGGCCGAUUAGUGCUGCAAUGCGUGCCUACGAGGAGCACAACCUCCGAAAGAACAAUAAGGGACUCCGGAUGCCUGCCGGUCUCCUUUCGACAGCACGUUUUGAGCGUCACACGACGAAGCAAACAAAGGCCGGCACCUUGGCAGCGCCGACGCUGAGUAAUCAAAGCGACGACUGGUCCUUUUCCAACCCAAAAAUUGCGAAUUUUUCUCCCAAAGCCCUCAACGAGAUGAUGGAUGUGCGCAACGGUGUGGUUGCAUUGAUAAAUGGCAUCGAGGGAAUGCACCUUGGCGCACGCCAAUCUUCGUCACGUCGUCCCGCCCAGCGGUCCCAGGUGCAGGCCGAAGGCUACCUUGCCUUGCGUGUCGGGCUGUCAAACCCCCCUCGCAUGCCAGGUUUGAAGAUAUCUGUUUCUGUUCAGCUGCUGAACUUCAGCAUCCGCAAAAUAACCAUUAUUUUGAAUCCAAAAUCUAGUAAAAGUACACUUCGUGAUAGUUUUAGUUUGACUACUAGUAUGUACAAAAACUCAUUUACCAAUAUUCUUUGGCACAAAAGAUGAAGUAUAAAAGGGAAUAGUGAUGAAACUUUUCGCACUCAAAACAGGUUCGUCCGGGCCCCCGCGUGGAAGAGGUGGUGAUGACCCUGGUGCCGGUGGUGGUGGUGGUGGCGGCAAUGAUCAAGGGGGUGACAAACGUGCAAAGAGGAACCACCGUGACGGAAACGACCCACAAAAUGGGGGAAAUGGGCGAGGUGGCGAACUAGUUGGCUCCGUGGGCCGCGAUAGCCAAAUUAACUUCAUGAGGGCGUCGAGGACCUUUGGGCACCAAGAAGCUCUGCUUACAUUUCUGGGGGUGGUGGUCAUACGGCCCAAACCAGGCGAGGCACAAGUGGAGCCCGUUGCCUGGUGGAACAAGGACCAGUACCCCCGGGGCGCCAAAGAAAAGCGGCAGCGACUCCAACAGACAAUUCGCAGCGCCAUCGCAAAGGCAGCACCUCGACUCGGAAAUGAAGACGCCUAUCUCCUGGUCAAUGGCCUGACGGAGUUUACCCAGGAGAAGCCGGCUGAGGAUACGUCUUCACUGCACCAGGAGCACGACGCGGGACAGGUUUCAGAAACUCUUUUAACUGGUGGACUCAUCGUGAUUGUAUUGUUCCCGGUCCGAGCAAAAGUAUCUUGUUUAGAACACGAGUAUUUUUCCAAAUACGUCCACUGGUCUUUCCUUGCAACAUCGUGACUUACUUCACUAAUAUAUUAUAUCUGAAUUUACUAUUGCAACUGAAAAAAUCAGGUCGCCUUGGUUGCCCGUAGCGCGAAGAACGACGGAAUAUUUGCAAUCUCGAUUUGGAAGAAGAGCAGCAAUGCGAUUUCCGCAGGAAAGGUUUUCCUAGCAAGUGCCCUACUGCAACAACUCGCCAGAGUUGCGCACGAGAGUCGAAAGCGUUUUUUUAUUGGGUCGCCAGCACUAGCCCAAGUCGCUACCGCGUUUGACAAUAUUUUACUGUGGAACGAAGCGUUCUCUCUUACCGCGGCAAGAGGAUCAGGAGACAGCGGAGACUCCGUGCAGGAACCACGAGGCAUUGAGGCAGUGUGGGACUUUAUCCCGGAACUUCUGCGUAAAGAACAACCGGAGACCGAACCAAUGCUGACAGCAGCAAAGCCGGCCUUUGCCAAGGUGGGAAAUUUGGGGAAGCCUCCCCGAUCACUGUUCCCGGAAGCAGGACGCAAGUGCACUGCCGGAUUCCCGGAACCAAGUAUCGGGUCAGCAAUGUCAGGCGUCGCAUCUGGGAGUAAGGCGUUCUGUCCUGAUCUGAAGAUCGACUCUGCGCCAGGAAGUUCUAGACGCCGAACGCAGUCUGCGGACAAAACGCACUGGGACGACGUGCAGGUGGUUGGAAGCUAUGCCGUGGGCCCUAGCGGUCCCUUGCCUGCGCCGAGGACGAGCCUCACUCUGCCGUAUGGAGGUACAACGGACGCGGAGCAGGUGGAGGUUAGGUUUUCGUGCCCGGUUGGAGACGAAGUCGAUGCAGCAUCAGACGAGGAUGAAGGCUUCGAAGAUGAGCAGCAGGAGCUGCCAUUGAGCGAAAUAGAUUCUGAUGCCGAUGUCCCGCCGCCCUCCGAUGUGAACUCGUCUCGAAGCAGUACUCCCUCCCGGAGCGGUGCGGGCGACACCGAUGGGGAACAUGAGUCGGCAGACCGAGGGCAGUUUCCUGGAAGCCGUCGAUCUUCGCGGGCAGCAAGUCCUGGCGCGCAUUCGCAAACGUCGUCCUCGUCCCGGCGCGCAGGUCUUCAGCGCGCCCCCGAUAAUCGCCGUCCUCGUCCAGACAGCGCACCCCCGACAGGCGAUGGGAAUGGGCCGUCGGCAGAUCCUUUUGGACUCAACAAUCUGCAUCUGAACUUUGUCGGCGUUUUCAAGUUUACCGGCACCCGUAGGGAUAUGCUAGCAGCUUGGUGGAACAGAGACUCAGCGCUUCUCCCAGACAGAAAAAGAGACGAGGCCGCUCGCGAAUUAAGCAAGAGCCUCUGUGGAGGGUCGUAUAGCGAGCGCAGGUGUGCCGGCGACCAGCAUCCCCUUGAGCAAUGGUUAUUGGAACCGCCAAUGGACGCACGUUGGGUGCCAAGAAGCUACAGAAACAUGCCGGAUUUCUUCUUCCGUACGGGCUGGGUGCGGGGGUUGCCGCAGGUAUAGUUAUAAAAGUAAGCUAUUUGGCAGUGCAAGUCCCUGCAGUGGCCGGCGUAACUUUCGUUGGUGCAGAAAGCGACAGCACGUUGCGAUCCUGUUCCUGGUGAUUUUAAUGUUGGGGCUUUUCGCUGCAAUAUUCGCUCCUCAGCAGAUGUAAGUAGAAAAAUGAGAAAUAAAUACGCGCGCUCCAUCGCGUUUGGGUAAAAGUGGAAAUUCAUCAAAUUCAAAGUGUCCACUGACUACAAAGACGACUGCCGGACACGUCGGCACUGAGCGUUAGAACUACACUGAGACGUAUCUAUAGUAGAUAGAACUAGAAGAGGCGCAAUCAUCUCUAUAUAAAAACCAUCUAUACAGGAACUUCAUCUCGUCAAGCCCGAAGAUGAAGAAGUUCGCGACGAUGGUAUCGUAAUUAUUGCCUCGUGCAACGAAAUCCGUCCGAAGCCAGAGUUUCGCGAGGAAGGCGAUGCGUACAACACAUCCCGGAGACAGUUCAUCAACACAUUUCUCCAAAAGAUUGCCGGAUAUGUGGGUGAAAAGCUGCAGCCGGUGCUCGACACGCCUGAUUUGGACAGGAAACGGCGCGCGAUCGAGCCAGGUGUGUGGUUCAUGGCGAAUCGGUUUCGCGCAAAUUUAGCGGAAGUGCGGGACUUGAGAUCUGUCAUGGGCGCUAUGACUCGCCCGAGUAUCGACGCCGCUGAACUCCGAAGCCUUCCAGAAGAACAAGGCCAAGGGCAGUCCUCAUCUGGUAGCCGUCAAUCUUCGCGAGCAGCAAGUCCCGGCGCGCAUUCGCGGCAGUCGUCGUCCUUUUCCCCGCGCGCAGACCUUCAAGCUGCAGCGAGCACACAUGGAGUACGCGGCACAGAUGAAGCUCAGUCAGGUGAUGACGGAUUAGCUUCCGAAGGCGGCAGCGCUCCGGUGCCAAAUCAAACACUUGUGGCUCCUGUUGCCAACGUGGAGCAGGCGGUGGACCCGACGUCCGAACACGGCCGCCCUCAUUCACGCCUAGAGCCUGCAACUGACAUGACGCCUGAUGCUGAGCGCGAAGACCGCUCUUCACUCGCUCCGCGAGCCGUCGCCCCCCAAACACAGGACCGAAUCCUGCUGGCCAACAACCGCAUGGUGCAUUUUGUUGGCGACUGUGCCCGGGCCUGUCUGGAAAUUUACACCGACAUGGGUGGCACCGGCGUUGGUACCGAUCUGGCGUCCUCGCUGCUACCGGACAUUCUGCAGAACAUCUCGGUGAUCGCGCAGGUCGUGCAGCGACACCUCGCGUUGGCCAGUCGAAGCCUCCGCACGAUCUUGCAGCUGCUACUGCUAGUCGCAGUGCUUACGCGGACCACCUUCACCGCGACCCCGACCGGAUUCAAUCUGCAGUUCAACGGGCCAACCGCAGUGCCCACCUCCCUCGCCGAUGUCUCAUCUGGGGGUGUCCUCAUCGUAAAGGACAUGGGAAUGCUGUCCUGGGAAAGGCGGCGGGCGACGUCCCGGCCCGCGGCCCGCCGUAAGAAAUCCCACGUCCGAUCGAUCAAACGAGCCUCCACGAUGGAACAACCGCGGCCGCAGCCCGUGCUGUCGCAGUACUGCCUCGCGAACGGCCAGCCGGGAGCGAGCUAUUGCACGGUGGGAGAUAUUAAUAUGGCCGCUUGUUGCAGCGUUUCCGGGGACAUGUUCGCGACCGGUAAGGAAAAAUGGUGGUCGCACGAAUUCAGCAACAGCUCCUUGCGCGUCACGAUCGCGGCGCCGACCUGUGAGCCCGCGCUUUGGUCCCGCCUGACGGACAUCGUCGGCGCACAGGUGCUGCAGCACGCAAAGGACGCUGGCACGGCGCGAGUCAUCACCACGGCCGUGCGGGAACACGGGAUGUCCCCGUGCGAAGUGCGCAUCAACGACCGGUACGUGCGCGAGGCUGAGUACUGUUCCGCGAAAGGCGACGAGCACCAGUCCGUGUACUGUCCGCAGCCCGGCAACGGGGCCAAGGAGUGCAUUCAGCGCCGCGUAGUGUCCGAGGACGCUGCUGUUGGGACUGACAGGAGCGUCGUGGGCUUCCGGUGGGCCACGGUGGAAGGCGAGCCUGAAAAGUGCGAUGGGUACGACAUGGAAGAGCUGGGCCGCCGGCUCUCCCAACUGUCGGUGAAGACCAAUCGGCCAAAGAGGUGCGUCGACGGGGUGCUGCAGAUGCUCCGCACUGUCGGUGGAGACGGAGGUGGCGAUGACGAAAACCGCGACGAGGGUGUGCGGCGCGGCUUCGGGAAACUCCUAGCCGAGGUGUCCAAGAAAAUUUUCUCGUGGUCCGCGCAGCAGAGAACGACGCCGGCCGAGCCAGAGCAUGUCCUCCAUCUCGAGCGCAGCUACCACUCCGCGCAGGCGGAGAAGCGAGAGCAGUGGAAACAACGCGAAGCAGCGGAGGCAAAGCUUUUGCGCAAACAAACGGGAGGACGAACAGUUCGGGGACAAGACCGAUCGCAGCCGCAUAAAGGCACGCGCGGACGAAACGCUUCUAAGCGCGACACAAGAGGUCAGCGGCGCGGGAAGAAAAGCUGGAAAAAGGUCCUGAAGCCCGGAGGGGAGAGAAAGAAAUAAGAGGGGCUACGACAACGAAACUUCGAAUUGGUUUCGGACGAAGGAGUGAUAGCGCCCUUUGUAACGAACAGCAGCCGGGCGGGCGUUGGUGUCAAUUAUUGCAAGGGGCAUUGGGCCUGAAUUUUUUUACCGUGGCGAGACAGCCUUGGCUGAGCCUCCGUAUCCAGCAUGGAUGGUGUAAAUGGAAUUGAUAAAUAGAUGGAGCUCAUCUACGUUAUCCAAGAAAAAGUAGUGGUCUCUUAGUCCUGAUCGAUGUAUUUGACCUGUAUGAUCUUGAUUUUAUUUACUGUGAUGAACGCCGACUGCGUAGCCUCACAUUCUAGCUUUGGAACUGCUACGAUGUGAAGACGGGCGUGUAUGCACUCCGAAACAGAAAUAAGGGGUUGCGUGCAUGACUUAGAAGAGACAAAGAAAUGGUGACAAGUUUUGAUGUGGGCGUUGAAGUUUGACGUAAGUUUACGUUUUUUUCCCGCUGAAGCAUUUUUCUUCUUUACACGUGAAACGUGAAACGAACGGAUUUUCACAGAGCAGGAGUUUACCAUCAGAAAAAGCACGGAGACUGCUACAAUAAGGCGCGGCGCCAACAACCACAGCAAAAGUAAUGACCUAUAGUAUGAGUUUUGAAGCUCGAGAAGUUUUUCACCAGUAGUAGAAGAAACGCCCGAAGGCAUAUGGUGACCGGAACAGAAAGUAGUGCUUCCUUCAUUAUGCGGUCCACUAACAUGAAUGAUUUACUCAACAUGAAGGUUCAGCCUCUGUACUAACAAUUUUAACCAACAUGAAGGAAAGUUUAUCGCUUAUGACGCCAACUUUAGUUUGAAUUGGAAUUCCUGGAUUACUCGACUUUCUUUUCGUUGUAUAUGUAUUGAAGAAUUGCCUGACCUACACAAAGAAUGACACUUAAGUACUACAAAGAAUCUGAACGGCACGAACGCGGCCAGUUCUUUUUGGGAAGGCAAAGUAAGUAGCUGUAGCUAGACUCGAGUGUAUAAUCAGCAUACUUCCAAGUGAGAAAUCCAAGCAUCGCAACAAGCCUUGUGCAGUGGAUGAUCCAAGGGACAGAAAUGAGAAAAGUAGUGCCCUGCGCUCUAUUUCUGUAAGCCAUUUUUGUUUUGUGGUGUUCCUGUGGUCUGACCUCGCACAAGGAAGCUGCUCUCGUGAAUCGUGGCAAUGGUCUGCCGUAUGUGCUAUUGAGUUUGCCUGCUUUGCUGCCCUUGCUCUUUCGUCCGAGUUUUACGCCUGGAGAGGUUCUUCUUGUUCAAAAAUCCGUCGUCCUUCCAGUUCUCGUCUAACCGGAGGAGAAGUGUUGUUGAUCAUUAUCCACAGUACCCAGUAGAAACCUGUCAGUCACCAGAAGGGGCCACUUGAAAAAUGCAGUGCUGUAAUAAAGUGGAAAGCUUGCGUUCGAACAAAAGCAGACUUGCGUUCGACUGCAAUACAGUUUUUCAUUGCAUGCUGUCAAAAGUGGAAAGCUUUUGGCACUCAUGCAACACAGAUUUUUGCAUGAUUCGGAUUUAGCAUGACAAGUUGCAAUCUUCCAGACCCAGAGAGUUUUGCAAUGCAUAGUGGGGGCCCAACUACUAUUGGAAAAAUUUUUUCAAGCACCAGGACCAUCGUCGAGGACAACAGCAAGAACAAAACUGCCCGAGAAGAUAUCAAAAGAAAAAAGUUCGUCACGAUCACUCACGGGCAUUUUUGCAAGACAAAAUUGUCUGUCAUGCGUAAAAAUGCAUCACAGCCUCACUUCAUAAGGGAUUUCCCUAGUGUUUCUGCAAUACAAGGAGAGGCUGUGAUGCAAAAAAAAUUUGUAAUGCAAAACCUGCAACUUAGUGACUGUGACAAACUUUUUUCUCUCCAUAGAAGAUGAUCAUCAUCUAUGCAUUGCAAAUAUCGAUCUGAGUCUGAAACUGAAUCUGGAAGCAUUCAAGUGGUUUGUCAUGCUUCUCUGCCAUCGGACAAAAAGAUGGUUCUAUCUGUAGUGACGCAAAAGCGCAAGAAACUGCAAUUAUGCGGAAUACGCAACACAAAGCAGCUCAAAAACUUCUCAUGCUUGUUGGCCACAUAUUGAAUUGUUUUUCACAACAUGUGUGAAGGCGAAAGUUUGUUUUUCGAAAGUUUGUCUGAUAGUGCUGGAAGGAAACAAAAGCAAAACUUAAACUGCUGCUGUCUAUAAAACAAGACCUGAUGUUGGAAUCAGAAUCCAAU